UGAUCGAAUUGUGUUCGCGCACGCUCCACUCAGUCGUUCACUCCUACCCUCGCUCACUCCAAUCCAUCCAUCCAUUCCGCCUCCGCUCGACCAGCGGUACCUUCAUUGUUGCUUCCAGUAGACCCUCCAUCGCUCAAGCUCGAUCGAGCGACUGGAGCGAUCACUGAAAGGCUAUUCGCGGUUUCGGAUGCUGCACAAAUCGUUCCUCAUCUCGAUUCGAGCUGCAUCGUGAAUGCCGAGGUCUCCAUCGGCGAUCACGUCUGAUUCCUCUUAUUGUCCGGUGGAAGCGCAGAGGUGGCGCGGAUCGCUUUCGGUCAAAUCAAAGUGAUCACUGUCACAUCGUGCCCACUUAGGCCAGCAUGACGGUGUCUCAUCGCAAGAACAAGCCUGCGGCGGUGCAGACCUCGCAGACCUCAGCGGACGAGCCGGGCAUGAGGUAUCACUGCGAUGCUUGCGGUGCGGAUAUCACCUUGACCAUCCGGAUCAGGUGUGCAGAAUGCGAGGAUUUCGAUCUAUGCGGGAGCUGUUUCUGCGAGGGAUCCGUCAGUCAAACGGAAAAGAGCUCAAGCAGCUCUGAAGGCGGUCACAAGCCUUGGCACGAUUACCGAGUCGUCGAACAACAUGCUUUUCCCAUCUUCACUGCUGACUGGGGCGCGGAUGAAGAGCUGCUGCUGAUUGAUGGAGCCCAAAUUUACGGGUUAGGCAACUGGGCGGAUAUCGCCGAUCACAUCGGCAAUCGCACAAAGGAGGAAGUGGAGAAGCACUACGUGGAAGUGUACGUCGAGGGCAGAGAUGGCACCGCAGAAGGGCAACGACAAGCAGAGGCCAUUAUCGACGAAGCCCGCACGAAAGCCGAAGCAGACGAAAAUUCGGGUGGAAGGGUCAGACCCCCAGUUGUGGGCCCGAACAUGGCCUUCGAUGCGCAUAUGACCGCGGAUGAGUUCCAGACUAGCAAAAGGUCACGCAUUGAGGAGAUGCGCGAAGGACAGGCUCGAGCUAAUCGUGAAGCUAAGGGCGGGCCGCCUCCAAAGCCUCUAGUGUCUGCGCCCACUUCCCAUUCAGAACUUGCCGGCUUCAUGCCAGGUCGACUCGAAUUUGAGACAGAGCUGGAACAAGACGCUGAGAACCUGACAAAGGACAUGGAAUUUGGUCGCGUCUAUCGAUUCGGUGGAGACUUGCCUUCGGAGAUGGAAGCGCUUGGCACGGUGGCCACCGCUGGUCGUCGUCGCGAAGGGCCUAGCUCCGGACGAAUGGGAGCCAUGGGCGCGAAAAGCAGCAAAAGGACCGGCGCAGCCGCCAAGAAAGGAACUGCGGACGCACAGCCUGACAAGGACGAAGACGCCGCAGAUGGCGAGAACGACGCAGAUGAGGACGACGCAAAGGAUGCGGAUGAGCACAAAGAUGAAGAUGAGCACGCCAGCGACAAGGAUCCAGAUGAACCUGAGGCCGAACCAGAGUCGGAGCCUGAGCCAGAUCUGGACGCCAUGAACGAUGACGACCACAGUAGCGAUGCGGCCACACCGGCACCCGCCUCCGCCGUCGCCGGCACUUCUGCAGCUAGAGAAGCCGCCGAUGUGACCCGCGCCGAGUCAAGCAGCGUCAACGGUACCCCAGCUCCUGCCGACGUCAGCGCGAUUGUGUCCGCAGAGGUUAAUGGCGCUGCAGCAGGGGCCUCUACGGCCGCUUCGAACGACGACCAAGACAACAAGAUGCCAGACUGGGACGAGCACGAUGGGGAUCUCGACCUCAAGCUUCUCAUGCUCGAGAUUUACAAUGAUAAACUGGACCGCCGUGCCCGUCGCAAGCUCUUCCUGUUCGAGCGCAAUUUGGUCGAUUACCGCAGAACCAAAGCCGCAGAAAUGGCCUGUCCUCUUGAAGAACGCCAAUUGCUUUCACGCAUUCGACACUUUGCCCAGCUGCAGACAGCUAUGGAUUUCGAAAGCUUCCUGAACGGUCUGCUGUAUGAAGAGGAGCUACGUAAGACGGCUGCUCAGCUGCAGACAUAUCGCCGAGCGGGCAUUACGUCUUUCGCGCAAGCAGACAAGUACGAAAAGGAUGUGGUGGAGCGCAACAGGAAGGCUGCGGUUGCAGCUGCCGAGGGAGGCUUGGCUGCUUUCCCUGCUAGUGGAGCUGCUGGAACUCCGAGGAGAAACGACAGCAGUAGCAGCUUGGCUGCAAUGUCCGCGUCCGCCGCUUCUUCCAAAAGGGCUAGAGAAGGCAAAGCAGGUAGUGUCGAACCUUCGGCAAAGCGCGUCGCCGAUAACAACAAGACGCCCCGCGCGCCUCCCAAACCUCUCGAUCUGUCUUCUGCGCCGUCUCUGCACUUGCUGACCCAAAAAGAAGCAGCGUUAUGCUCGGCCGUACGCAUCUUACCUGGCCCCUACUUGAUCAUGAAGAAGGAGAUUCUGACGGAAUACAUGCGACGAGGCAAGACGUUCUCGAGAAGGGACAGCAGAUGUCUCUUCAAGAUGGACGUGAAUAAGGUCGGCAAAGUCUAUGAUCUGCUAGCAGAAGAGGGAUACCUCGAGCAGCACGAAGCUACACUGGCCUCCAUGGCAGGCUUGGAUAUCCCAAGUGAAGCCGCGAGUCAGAUCAAGCUAGUCUCUACCCAUCGGCAGUCGAGCCAGCCAAACGGCAUGGCCAGCUCCUCAUAGCUAUUCAAGAUCGAUCGCAGCUCUGUCAAGCCACUUUCCGCCUGGUGGCCUUGAGGAGUGCCCUCAACACUUGUUGUACGUCUCUUCCAAAUUUCCCACAAUGCACGUGAGCUUUGAGCUCUUCCUCGGCCUGUACAAUCUCAGACGCAUCGAGCCCGUCACGCUUCGGACAGCACGGACCACAGCACGCAAGCUCUCUACCAUAUUGCCAACGACCGCCACGCACCAAAGUUAUUGGGAGGAAACCUCCGCACUUGUCUCAAACAUCCAAAGACUACUUCAUACCUGACUCCUCGACUCGCUUCUCACCCGCAAUUUGACACGCAUCACAAUCAUGUACGCAUUCCACAUUCCACUCUUCGCUCACAAGUAUCAAGGUCACGUCCUGAGCGCCUCACUCAAUCCAUCUCAUCCUACGCG